CUCCUCCUCAGGUCCUCAUUGGCUGCUGCUGUUCUGCAGAAGUACAGCAUCUUAGUCGAUGGACUUCUCCACUCCCCCACAGAUGAAAUAAGAAGCUUCCCCCUGGCUGGCUUAGAAGACAUUGCUCUGAUUCCAGCAAAAAGUGGGCGCAGAAGGAAGGCCAGUGCCACUGUAACAAUGUCUGCUCUGGAAAAGGCCAUGAUUGCCAUCAUUGAAGCUUUCCACCAGUACUCGGGAAAGGAGGGAGACAAACACAAGCUGAAGAAAUCUGAAUUAAAGGAGCUCAUUAACAAUGAGCUCCCCCAUUUUUUAGGCGAAAUUAAAGAUCAGGAGACAGUGGAUAAGGUGAUGGAGACACUGGAUGCCGAUGGUGACGCUGAAUGCGACUUCCAGGAAUUUGUAGCCUUCAUUGCCAUGGUCACUUCAGCUUGUCAUGAGUUCUUUGAACAUGAGUGAAACAUCAGAGAAGCAACCAAGAACCUGCUGUGUGUGAUUUUGAAGCUAGAAUAUGAAUUCUAAUUUAGAGAUACCAAGCCGGUUUAGGGGCUACUAGGAGUGAGUCUGCUAAUCCUAAGUAGUUUUAGUAAGAUCAGUGUGCUUUGUGAAUGGAAACAUAUAAAUGUCUUUUAAAGGGCUGUUUGCCAGUGCUUGCCUAGCUCUUAAGCAGCAUGUGUAUUAUACCUUAUCUUUAACUAGCGUGCACAGCAUUCUCCUGCUAUGUGCCUAGAUAUAUACACAGAUUCAGAUGCAAGUAGAUAGACCUUCCAAAGUCAUCCAAGUUUUAUUGUAAAGGUUGUUUUUGUUUUUGUUUUUUUUAAAAAGGGGGGUUAGUAAGUAAUAAAGGGACUGGAGAACAGAGACCUAAUCGAAAGCUCAUUGAACUAAAUGGCAAGACUUCUUCUGACUUCAGUGAGCUUUGAAUCAGACUCAGUGGGCAAUACGAAUGGUGAAAGAACAAUAGAUAGGAUGCUCGCUAAUUACUCAGUGGCCACGCUACACUUGCAUGAGCAUUUUCAUUUCUCAGCAGCUUAUUUAUCUUCAGCAGUAUUGUUUUUAAAAGGCAUAGCAGGUAACAUUCUAGGCUUUUUCUCUUAUUUUUAACUCUUCCUACUGUUUAACUACUAGCAGAAAUAGGUGCUGGGGCACUCAGGGCACAUAAACCUACUGUGAUGAUGAGAGAGCUGAAAAAAAUAGGCUCGAGACAGCGGUACAUUUAGACAGUGCCCCCAGUAUAAAGUUACCCUGACUGAUCGCUGGGAAGGAAGGAAUGAAAAACACUAUCACGCUACUGUUGUGGGCUAGUAAUAUAGCUACUGGAUUGGGUUUUGUGUUGGUGGUGGGUCCUUGUACCCCUUUCAGAGAUCCAGGAACCUCAGAUAUCCUUCACCCAUUUUAACCAUUAUAAAAAUCCUGCUCCACUGAUCCUGACUGGUCAGAACAAGAUGUACAUCUCCACGGGCCAUCUCCGAAUACUGACUCUCUAGACUAAGGCUUGGUCUACACGUGGAAGUUAUAUUGGCAUAGCUCCCUCUUUCAGGGGUGUGAAAACUGCCAUACCCCCCCGCGUAGAUACAGCUGUGUUGACAGAAGAGCGCUGCUUCCUUUGCUGCAGCUAAUGUUCGGGGAGGUGAUAUUCCUAUACCUACAGAAACCCCCCUGCGGGGUCUCCAUUACAGGGCUCUGCUGCACAGUUUAUGCUGAUACAGUCUCCAUGGUGUAGACAUACCCUAACGUUCCAAAUGUGCUACUGAAUUCAUGGUGCAAGCAAGCAAACUCAGCUCAAAAGAGUCGGCCACAAUUUAAAUUUCCCCAUAGCUCAGCAGCGGGUCAGUGUUAAACUUUAACUCUGGUCUAAUGAAUAUUGAACAGUAAAAAAUUAAAUUAAAUUAGGGAGUCACUUUAAGUUUGCCAGUAUGAUAUUAUCUGGAUGGCCUUGAUUUCCAUAUUAAAUAUGUGUAUAUAUAAUUUCUGGGAUGUUUAGAAAUAGUGUUUCAAAUUCUAAAUUUUAUAUUUGGAUAUAAAGAAUGCAGAGUGAGGUUAUCACUUUAUACAUUUUAAAUGUUCCAUAAUUUGAUUUUACAAAAUGCCCUAUGUUUUAUGGAAAUGAAGCUAUCUUUUCUAUAGUUCCUUGCUAAGAACAUGCAUGUAGGAAAGGUACUGCCCUACAUUCGGAUUCAAAUUAAAGCAGCAGCUCUAACCAA